AUGAAGUACUUUGUUAUUGCAUUUUCUUUGCUAAAACGUUUCGAUUCAUGUGAUAUUCGGCAUGUACCUCGAAUUGAGAAUCAAGAGGCAAAUAAUUUAGCUCAAAUUGCUUCUGGUUAUAAGAUGACAAAAGAAAAACUAGAGGAAUUAGUUGAGAUUAAAGAGAAACUAAUUUCAUGUGAGCCAAUGCCCAAUGUGUCGACAGCAUUUGAGCAGCUGGGGGCAAACGAGCAAAGUGUCGAAGGAAACCUUGAAGUAGUAGAUUCGCACUUUGAUGAGGUGAUGGCUGAAAUUUUCGUCAUUGAUAACUUAGUUGAUAAUGAUUGGAGGAAACCCAUUGUCAACUACUUGGAGAAUCCAGUAGGUACAACUGAAAGAAAGGUUAAGUAUAGAGCCUUAAGCUACACAAUCAUUGGGAAUGAAUUGUUUAAGAAAACACCUGAAGGAGUUUUGUUGAAAUGUCUUAAUGAAAAUGAGGCAUAUGUAGCAACUUCCAAUGUUCAUAGUGGGGCCUGUGGCGCCCAUCAAGCAGGCCACAAAAUGAAAUGGCUUUUGUUUCGACAAGGGUUAUAUUGGCCUUCCAUGCUUAAGGAUUGUAUAGAGUACGCAAAAGGGUGUCAAGAAUGUCAAAAACAUGCAGGGAUACAACAUGUUCCCGCAAGCGAAUUGCAUUCGAUUGUCAAGCUUUGGCCUUUCAGGGGUUGGGCCUUAGAUUUAAUUGGCGAAAUCAGGCCAGCUUCAUCAAAAAAAUCAGCGCUAUAUACUGGUUGGAAUUGA